UGCUCUUCCAACCGCUCACAUCAGCUGCAAUGUCUCGGCAGUGCACCGUGAAGAACCAGUGCCGGACCGGCUUCAGCGCCGCAUCUGCCUUCAUCCCGAGUGCCUGCAGCACCGGGUUCGUCUCACGCUCCGUGGCUCAAGGUGGAAGCUGCGGCACUGCCACAGGGUAUGGAGGAUUUGGAGGAGGUUUUGGAAGCAGGAGCCUCUACAGCAUUGGUGGAUGCAAGAGGAUAUCUGCGGCUGGAAGGGGCAGUGGAUUCUAUGGACCUGCAGGGUUUGGUGCUGGCACUGGAAUCUCCUGCGGGUUUGGUGGUGCUUUCGGGUUUGGUGGGGGCAUGGGUGGCCCUGGAUUCCCCACUGGGGGCAUCCAGGAGGUCUCCGUCAACCAGAGCCUUCUGAAGCCCCUCAACCUGGCGAUCGACCCCACCAUCCAGAGCAUCCGUAAGGAGGAGAAGGAGCAGAUCCAAACCCUCAACAAUAAAUUUGCUUCCUUCAUUGACAAGGUUCGGUUCCUUGAGCAAGAAAACAAAGUCCUGGAGACCAAGUGGGCCCUUCUGCAGGAACAGGGGCACAAAACGGUCAGAAACAACAUUGAGCCCCUCUUUGAGGCUUACAUCAACAACCUCAGGAGGCAGCUGAGCAGCUUGCUGGCGGACAAGGAGAACCUGGGUGGGGAGCUGAGCAAGGUGCAGAGCCUGGCUGAGGACUUCAAGAGCAAAUAUGAAGAGGAGAUCAACAAGCGCACAGCUGUCGAGAACGAGUUUGUGAUUCUGAAGAAGGAGGUGGAUUCUACCUAUAUGACAAAGACAGAGCUGCAAGCCAGGCGGGACGCCCUCCUGGAGGAGAUAGACUUCCUCAGAGCCCUCUACGAAGCAGAGCUGUCUCAGCUGCAGACCCAGAUCUCUGACACCUCUGUCAUCCUGACCAUGGACAACAACCGCAGCCUGGACAUGGACAGCAUUAUCGCCGAGGUGAAGGCGCAGUACGAGGACAUCGCCAACCGCAGCAGGGAGGAGGCUGAGUCCUGGUACCAGUCCAGGUACGAAGAGCUGCAGGCUACCGCAGGCAGGCACGGGGAUGACCUCCGCAGCACCAAGCAGGAGAUCUCUGAGCUCAACCGGCACGUCCAGCGGCUGCGGGCUGAGAUUGACAGCGUGAAGAAACAGUGUGCCAGCUUGCAGACGGCCAUCGCGGAUGCUGAGCAGCGUGGGGAGCUGGCCCUGAAGGAUGCCAGGGACAAACUGGCCGAGCUGGAGGCAGCCCUGCAGCAGGCAAAGGCAGACCUCGCCCGGCAGCUGCGCGAGUACCAGGAGCUGAUGAACGUCAAGCUGGCCCUGGACAUCGAGAUCGCGACCUACAGGAAGCUGCUGGAGGGCGAGGAGUGCAGGCUCUCUGGAGAAGGUGCUGGUGCAGUGAAUAUCUCUGUGACCAGAACUGCUGUAGGAUCAGGAUAUGGAAGUGGGAGCUGUCAGAGCUUCAGAGGCAGCAGUGGGGCCGGAGCUGGGCUCUGUGCUGGAGGAAUGGGCUUCAGCUCUGGGAGCGGACAAGGUAUGGCCGGGCCAUGUAUGGUCGGUGGGAGCAGCUCCAGCGUGCAGUACAUCAGCAGCUCUUCGACCAAGAGGUGCUACUGAGUUCCGACAGCCACGUGCUGCUCUGUCCCUUGCAUUGCGUGCAGUCCUCACUCUGUUACUUGCAAAAGGUUUGGAAGUCCAAGUUGUCUGCCCUUAUUUAUGUAAAUGCCUUGCUCCUGUUUGCUCUUAGAUGCUCCA